AUGACGUCGGUCUCUUUCCCUCCCAGCAGACCCGACAGGAAGCUAUCGCCAUUCGGAGGCACAUUGACCGGUGGCUUUGGAAGUCAGCCUGACGCGAGCAAAAACGUUUUCGGCCUCAAUGGGGCGGGUGCCGGCGGUGGGCAGCGGUCGACACGCAACUUGAAUAACCAGCCUCCCGAUAUGACGACUCCUGCGACAAAGCGGAAGGGCGUCAACCCGUUCGAUGGCGCCAGCUCAGACGAUAACCGACGACGAAAAAACACGAAGGGAGAUUCACAAGGCGACUGGAAGAAGAAGGGUCCCAAGUCGCAAGGCGCGAAGCCAAAUGGCGCGAAGCCAAAUGGCGCGAAGGCGCCGAAAGGGUUUGGAACCGCCCAGUCGCGCGGUGGUUUCGGCACCCAAAACAACAACAAUCACAGCUCGGGAUCUACCGACUACGAAACGGACGACGCGAAUGGCGAAUUGAAUGGUGACGGCACUGCGUACUCCGACAAAAUCUUCUCGCAACUACGACAGGAUGGAAUCGCACCACCAAAAUGGCCGUCCGAUCCAGGAAAUACGUCGUCCAAGGCCGCGAUGGCCAAGUUCAGGGAAGAAUACAAGACAUAUCGCGAUCGGGCUAGGACGUCACUGAUGCGCGCCGGCUUAAUUGACGACCCCGAUAAGCCAAAGCGGUUGGAAGACGCGAUUGACUUCAAAGGCAUCUGCGACGCGAUGUGCCCCGACUUCGAGAAGAUUACUCGCAUCACCGAAUUCGACGUUCAGGCCGCCGAAAAGGACCCCCGAACGACUUUUGCCAAUACAUCAAAGAUGGUUAAGAAGCUGGCGCGUUCCGCAGCUGGCCAGGAGGCUCCGCUACCAAUGGAUGUCAGAUCCACAGCCGCCCUCAGAAGGACGCUCGACUACCUCAUCGACGACCUCUUACCGAUCGACGACAAGUUACCCUCUUCGCAUGGUUUUCUGUGGGAUAGAACACGUGCGAUUCGUAGGGACUUCAUCUUUCAUUCGACAAUGUCUGCCGAGGAGAUGAAGGACCAGGUUUACUGUCUCGAGACAAUUGCCAGGUUUCACGUUACAGCUUUACAUUUGCUUUCUCAGGAAGGAUUUGCGCCAGAAGACUUCUCUGAACAACAAGAAAUUGAGCAACUGGGGAAGGCAUUGCUUUCGCUUAUGUUUGCUUACGACGAUUGCAAGCCGCAAGGCGUCGUUUGCGAAAACGAGGCCGAGUUCAGGGCGUAUCAUUUGCUUUUCAGCGCAAAUACUCCCAAUAUCCUCGAUAAUGUGCAAAAGGAAUGGGGAGACUCUCGCUUCUGGACCGAAUCCGAUACCAUCAGAACAGCUGUCUCACUUGUCGAGAGUCUGCAGAGCGCAGAGGACUUCCACGGCCCCUUGGGCUCGGGCCCGUCCAUGGCAACAUCGGGUGCCUCCCUCACUUACUUUAGAAUCCUCCAAAGCCGAGAAGUGUCUUAUACAAUGGCAUGUUUUGCGGAGAUUCACUUAGGUCAGCUGCGCCGCUCAGUUCUUCGCUCUUUGAAGAAGGCGUACACCAGACCGCGACACGGGGCGAAAGAUAUUACGCCCUCUUCGCUAAACCGAUUUCUUCACUUCGACACAGAAAACCAGGCGAUUGAGUUUGUCGAGCAGCAUGGUCUCAGCUUCUCAAAUGGACAAGGACCAGCGGGCGAACCCGUACGAUAUCUGGAUACCUCAAAACGCAUGACAUGGCCGAGAAUCCAUCACAGUUUCUCUCAGAGAUUGGUUGAGAGAAAACGAGGCUCCCGUAGUCUUCCUGAGAUCAUCCACCGCACAAUUGCCGACGAAUCCACGGGCGCUAGCCAGCAGGCUCCUACAGGAUUUUCGACGGGGCCAGCUUCAUUCAAGCCGCCUCCACAGCAGGCUCCUUUUGGAAGCCACUCAACAACGAACGCAGACUCUCCUUUUUUCAAGUUGCCUUCUUCGGCACCCCAAGGAGGCACCUCGACGGGACUCAUGGGUACGCCGUCUUUCGACAAAGCAACUGAAGGCCACAAGCCUACGUCGACGAAUUCCAGCCCAUUUGGAAACCCUUUCUCAACAGCCCCAUCACCAUUCACUGGUGCAUCCUCUGUUCAACAAGCCGGCUCGGCCUCGUCAUCGUCAUCAACAGCAACGCCGGCCCUGAAUCCAUUUGCCGCGAAGACAAGCCCUUUUAGCAAGCCAAACGCGGCAGCCGAGAGCGCGACGCCUAUUAGCAACCCUUUCGGGUUGUUAAAUCAACCAAAUGGCACUUCCCAGCCCAAAGCUCCGAGUAUCCCGGCAUUCCCUUCUCCGGCCUUCGGCAGCGGCGCACAACCCAAAGCACAGGAGCAAGCGCAGCCAGCUACCUCGACAGAUGGUUCUCCGGCCAUCACCGUCACUCCGCCCACACCAAAGUUCCCAUUGCCAACGUCAGCGACAGCCGCAGAGUCGUCAACGCCUUUCAAAUUCCCAUCAAAUACUGGCGUGCAGUCCGCGACUCCGAACGCUCCUAGCAGCCCCUUCCAGCCAACUCCGAAAUCAUCUGCGACACCACAGCUACCCUCCUUCUCGGCAGGCGCGGCGGCUCCCGCUCAGCCGGGAAAGCCUUUUACAACAUUUCAACCUCCACCGAAUCAGCCUCCCAGCCUUGCUCCUACUACGGCAGCUCCAUCCGUUCUCUCCGAGUCCGGGCAAUCCCCAUUACCUUCCUUCAACUUCCAAGGGGUUAGUUCGGAAGCCGUGGAGCCAGCGCCCUCGCCUCAGCAGAGCUUCCCUCCAGCUGUCGCCUCGCCCGUACCAACUGCAGCUUCACCACUCGCCCAGGCAAAACCUCCUCAAGCUCCGCCCGUGAAACAGCGGUCCAAGCAAGAUGUCAUGGCCGACUUCGCGAAAUGGUUCGUCACAGGUGACAACGGGCUGAUACAAGAGUUCGAGAAGUACAUGGUUGAACAGCUCGUCUCGGCCGCUUUUGAACAGCAUCACAAGGAGGAAGAGGAAAGGAAACGAAGGGAGGAGGAAGAGAGAGAUCUGGCAGAGGCACGGAAGUUCCAAGUCUACAACCUUUCCGUCAAGUACUUCUAUCGAUGGAGGGAAAUCGCCAGAAACCUUCGCCUCACCAAGCUUCGCAGACAAGAAAGGGAAGAGUACCGAAGGGCUCAGCGGGAACAACGGGAGGAAGAGAUCAGACAGAGGAAGAAGGCGGCUAAAGUUGCCGAGGCGAAGAAAAAGGCCAUGGAGAGGAACGGUUUCGACCCUGUGGAGGAAUUCAGAGAGCUCCUUCAGCUCAGAAAAGACGGCACACAAACCGACUUGCAAGCCGAAGCAGAGGCUUUGCUAGCGACCGGCAUUCUGUCAGGCGUCUCGGACGAACGGGUUGCAGCCGCCAAUGUCAUCCGGGCCCCAGCGACGAUGGAAACACUUGCGACGAACACGCCUUUACCUCGAUCUCGCUCGUCAACAGCCUUAUCGCAGUCGACUACGGGUGCUAAGCCCCGCGGCGCGAAAACGCGGGCCAUACGGGAAGAGUUUGGCAAGAGCGCUACCAAUUUCCGACGAUCACUGCCUCCCAUGUCAGCACACUCCUCAUCAUCACGAAUGUCUUCAGAGCCGCAGAAGCGUGUUAGCAAAGUGUCUGAUCGCUGGCGUCUGAAGGCGAUGGGCCUCGUCACGAUGCCCGACGGAACAGCGCUACCGGAGACCAUCGCAAACGAGAUGCGGUACAAUGGGAAACGAUAUGCAGGGCUCGGGUCAUUCGGCUUGGACGGCACCGAGCGACGCCGGAGCGUCUCUGCGGAUCUCAACCACGCAGCCGAGGCCCGAUUACGCUUUUCGCAGUCGCUCAACGGUGGCAGUGGCAGUAGCAGUGGCAGCGCUGCCGCCGUGCCGCAGGUCAACGGGAUCUCACCGCUUAGUAAGAGGAAACGGGCUCUCGAUGACGACGACAACGAGAUUGCUGUCGCGGACGAAGCCGUCACACGCGUCAAGAAGCGGCCAUCGAGCAAUGCGGAAAUUGAUAGAAUACUUCGGGAGGCGAGGGAGAAUCUGGAAUCUUUGAGGAGUUCGAGGAUCGAGCUUGACGAAGGGGCAGAUUGGUUCAGGGAACAGAACGAGAUGAUGCACGCGGAGGAGGCGAGCAGGGCUAGCUCGCCGUGGGGGAAAGGCGGUCAUCGGUGA